AGACAGACUUUGGAAAUUCCAUUUUCAAACCUCAAAUUGUUUCUCAUAUCGGUUCAACAUUUUUCAUUGCUAUUUCUCUACCAAUCCCCUUCCCUGACGUCAACCCAUCUCGGUUCUCUCCAUUUCCCCACUUUAUAUCGAUACGCGCAUCAAUCCUUCUGCUCGUUGAAAGGCUCUGAAUUUGAUAUCUGAAUUGCUAUUUUUAGGGUUUAUUCUGAAAUUGUUCUUCCGGAGAAAACUAGGCUCAAUUGAUUCUUUCAGGAAAAGAUUUCAAUUGGCCUCCUCGUUUUGGGUUUACCCCUAUACAUAAAUAUAUAGAUACCUGUGGGAUAGGUGUUGGUAUAAAUUCGAAGGCCCCGUCUAUCAUAUAUAUUUCGAGUUGUAUAAACAUUUUUAGGUGAUGAUAUAAAGUUUUGGGCUUUUGAGGUGCUUGGAAAAUAUGUUGGGGGAAGGACUGCUGUUGAAUGUGAGCCAGACUGGUGAUGAUUGGUUGUGCGGUGCCUCAAAGUCUCACAGGAGCCAAAGCCAGAGGUUAAGUGGUCCUCAGAAUCAUCAUAACGGAGAUCAUAGCAACGGAGUUAAGAGCGACUUUGCCCUAGGAGCUGCUGCCCCGUGUGAUGUUCGAGCAACCGGGGAUGAUGAACAGCCGAAGGAGAAGUUGGCCAUUGUUGCCGAACUAGCAGGCGAGUUGUCAUCUGUGUCCAAUAUCCAGAGGUUUCUGCAUUGCGUUACUCCUUCAGUCAAGACAACAACGAGGAACAAUAAGAUGCACGACGAAGGGUUUAAGCCAUACUAUGUGUUAGGAGAUUUGUGGGAGGCUUUCAAAGAGUGGAGCGCAUAUGGUGCUGGAGUGCCAUUGAUUUUGAAUGAAAUGGAUAAUGUGGUUCAGUACUAUGUGCCCUACUUAUCUGGCAUCCAAUUAUAUGCUGAGUCUUCGAAGUCUUCACAUAAAUCAAGGCAACCAGGAGAGGAUAUUAAUGGUGACUUUUCUAGAGAGUCUACUAGUGAUGGAAGCAGUGACUCGGAACAGGAUAGAGGUUGCUUAAAUUGUUCAACUCGUGGAAAGUGCUUUAGGAAAAGCAGGUUGUCAUUAAGCGAUGAGAAUACUGCAUUACGAGAAGGUUUUUCCAGUGACGAAGGCGAGUCUGUGUGUUCUCAUUGUUAUUUGGUGUUUGAAUAUUUUGAGAGGAGUCCUCCUCAUGGCCGGGAACCUUUUGCAGACAAGAUAUCUAGCCUAGCUGUUCACUUUCCUGAGUUGAAAACACUUAGAAGUUGUGACCUACAUCCCUCCAGUUGGAUUUCUGUGGCCUGGUACCCAAUUUAUCGGAUACCAUUGGGACCUACUCUCAAACCAUUGGAUGCUUGUUUCCUUUCCUAUCAUUGCCUUCAUGCACCAGUUUCUUCAGGUGCCACAUGUGAGGUGGAUAGCACGGUCAAGACUCGCUUACCUGUGUUUGGCCUAGCUUCAUACAAGUUCAAAGCAUCACAAUGGGUAACUGACGGGGGAUGCGAAUAUGAGAUGGUGAGCUCUCUUUUGCAGGCUGCGGGAAAUUGGCUGACUGCACUUCAGGCCAACCACCCUGAUUUUAGCUUUUUCUGCCGGAAUUGGGGUUAAGUCGGUACCUUCCUCAGAAACUUGAUGGGUAUCACACCUCACAAUGUGUUGUCGCUGUUUAUUACUAUGAGAAAAUGAAAAAAAAACUGCAAAAAGGUAUUUCAAGAAGAAAAAACCAAACUAGAAGGCAUAUAUAUGAUGGUAAUAUAUAGGCAAGAACAUGGAUGGAUUUGAUGAGAAGAUUGAGAUCUGAUGUACCAUUUCCUGCAAGCUUCCAUAGUAGAGUAUAAGUAUAGAAGAAGAGGCCAUUUUUGUCUGGCUAUAUCAGAUGUUGGAUUGUAUCUUAUUAUUUUCGCAAGCCUUUUGGGGGGGAUUUUCGAUAGAGCUUUCGUAAUGUGAAAUCGAAUUCCCCUUGUGUACAUUGACCCCCUUUAAAAAAAACAUGUAGAGUGUACCAUUUAGACUUUAUUCACCUG